AUGCCCACCCUGCCUGGCCUCAGCAACGGCCUGGGCUCCUCCUACGCCGGCGGGCAGAGGAAGACGUGGAUGGAUCAUCUGCUGAAUUCCCAAGCAGCUUCAGAGGAGACAGCUGUCCUCAGCCCAGUGCCCGGACUCGACUUCCACUAUGGUGGUCGUCCAGCAGCAAUGUGCUCCUGGCCCCAGGACACCGAGUGCCUCCUCCAGGAGGGUCCCGCUGCAGAGGACAACUCGCCUGCCAUGUCCUCAGCCGAUCAGGAUGUCACUGCGGUCCCUGCACCGCUCCAGUCACCCUCUAAUGUCAACCAGUCCAAGGACUUCAUUCGCUGCCUGCCACCUCACCUGUCCAUGUACAUCCUGGGGCUUUUGAAUCAGAAAUCCCUCAACGCAUGUGCUGCCGUGAGUACAUGCUGGGCUUUUCUGGCCAAAGAAGUCAAGAGGGAACGUCUGUGUCAAAGCGUAGUACAGGAGAAGAUCCUGUAUUUGCAGAGGUUGUGCCCUAGAGGAGCGGUUUCAAACUAUGCUAAAACAGUCAAUGUGACAAUUCCGCAGUUAAAUGAAGAGGGAGAUGUCAUUGAAGUGAAAGACCACAACCUGGGGGGUAAAACAAAGGAGGAAGACAACCUACAGGCAGCCUAUCAUGAUCUUCAAACUGACAUGAUUCGGUUGGAAGAGAGAAAUGUCUUCUGUGGCUCCUACAAUAUUCGUGUCCUCACAGACCAAUUAGACCGAAGCAGAAUAAUCCAUUACAGUGGUGGAAACUUGGUAGCCAUUGGCUCUGCAGACCGAAAAGUGAGGCUUCUUGGUGUGUCGGGAAUGAAAGAAGUGGCACCUCUGCUUUCUGGCCAUGCUGGGAGCAUCAAAGCACUGUUCCUCAAUGAGAAGAAAGGGUUCGUUCUCAGCGCAAGCUUUGAUCUGAGCAUCAGAUGCUGGAAUAUAUACAGCGGUGCUUGUAUGAAAAUCUUUAACGGUCACCGUGGGACAAUCACCUGCUUGGAUUUACAUGAAGAACAGUUUGUGUCAGGAGCCAGAGAUGGGAUGGUGAAAGUGUGGAACCUGGCGAGCGGAAAAUGUCUCAAGACCCUGAAACACAACAGCGUUGUUUGGGUAGUUAAAAUGGAUGGCAGCCGUGUUGUCAGUGGGUGUGACCGAGGGCUGGUGAAAGUCUGGUGUGCUGCUACAGGCACCCUGAUCAAAACAUUAGAGGGGCACCAAGGCCCCGUUAAGUGCUUGUCCUUUGAUCAGUGGCACCUCAUCACAGGAAGCACUGAUGGAUACGCCCUGGGAUGGAGCAUGCUGGGAAACCUCAAGAGAUGCCUGAUAGCUUUCCGCCACCCAAAGGAAGUUCUGUCUUUGGAGUUCCUCUAUCUGAGAGUCAUCAGCGGCUGCGCCGAUGGAAAGAUUCGUAUAUUUAACUACCUGACUGGAAGCUGCCUAAAAGUGUUGAUGGGCAACAGCAGAGGGGACCCUGUGUCAUCUUUUUACGUAGCAGAAAACAGGAUGGUGAUCAACUCACCCACUAGUCUGUUGAUGCUCCAGUUUGAGGAUGUCAGGUGGGACUAUACCUUAGACGCUGACCGAGAGAUGGCGGGGAAGGAGAAACAGCGCAAGGAGACGGCAAGCAGAACAUCGCUCCACCUUCAGCCGUCGGAACGCCGCGACCUCAGCCAGAUGCAUCGACCUGCUCUGGAGACACGAGCUCUCUGCUAUGAAACGAUGAAAUCAGCAGCUUGCCAGGAACAGCAGCCUGUUCUCGAGAUGGAAAAGGCUUUUCGUAUUCAGGCAGAGCAGCAGAAAAAGCUUUUCAUUCCUGGCAUCAAACAACCCCAUGCCUCUGCCUCGGGAAAGUCAGCAAGAGCGCAUUCUGCAAGAAUCCCAGCAGACACUGAUGGCAAAUCUGAACGCGGCCCUUCUCUCUGUGCGCCUGAACAUCCUGAUGGGGCAGAAGCCACUUUGCAGCAUGAAAAGAGAAGAGGUCCAAGCUGUCCCAUGUCCCCAUACAAGUUCCUCCUAACGGUCAGCACACUGCAGAACACCUGCAAGGCAGUCCCAGUCAGCUCCAGUAUUAAGCACACUGCGAGGGUCAGGGAAGCAUGGGAACAUCCAUGUGAACAUCAUCAGCGCCGCCCUGGAAAGGUACCAACGCACAAACCCCCCUUUCUGCAACGCAGAAAGGAUCAGACAGUCCAGCUCCAACAUAUAAGAUCACACUGUGACUCUCUGACUGUGAAAAGGAUUUCUAUACCCUUUGAAACCAAAAUGCUGCAGCUCAAGCUGAAAAACUCUUUGCAUGGACCCACUGUGAAUUCCUCCAUUCCUGCUCCCUCUGUUGUACGUCCCAAGACUUGCUGUGGUUUGCUGCGAGAAAAGAAAGCUCACAGUGGUCAUGAUAAAGUCAUUCUUCUCCCUGAAGAUGGGGUUCAGCUUAUCGAUCCCUUUACAGCUUCUUCUGAACUGAUCAAAUCAACGUGUGUGAUGAUUGCACGAAUGAAAAAUGAAGCGGUUUCCAGGAGAAAAGAGCCUUUUUGUCCGUAUGCUGCAGACCCUUCCCGGAGCAACAGCGGGUUUAGGCUUCUGACAGGAGGACAGAAGGAGGUUUAUGAGGCGGCUACUGUAGCUCAGUAUCAGGCACACCAGACAAAGCUCAUGGAGGAUCAGCAAAGAGCACGCAAGAGGGCCUGGUUAAGGAAAAUUAAAGGCCUGCCUAUAGACUCUUUUACUGGGGAGGGAAAAACAGCUGCUCCUGAACUUGGGCUUAAUGCAUUUAUCUGAAAUAAUCCUUUAGUCCAACAACCAGCCAGCAUCCGAGGAUUCUGGUGUCCAGCUGAGUCUGCCAUGUCAAGAUCCCUGUGGUUUCUAACUAUAAAAGACAUCUCCACUGUGAGUUUUUCUAAGAGCUAUUAUUGGUAUAUUCAGCUAUUUCUCAAGGCAAUGAAUGGACUGAGUCCUCUCCUGGAUUUAUCUUGCCAGACCUGCUGUUACUGCAGACGCAGCACUGUUUGACACUAAUUUAGCUCAACA